GUGGAAAAAUUCAUUACUGCUCAUGUUCCCGAAAUGGUGGGUAAACAAAACCCUACGAAUAUGUUCUAUAUGACAGAAGAUCAGAUGAAAAUGGUUGAACGCUUGAAACUACCGCCGCUACCUGACGGUUACGUUCUCGGGUCAUCAAACCCAGACAGCGAUGCUGAGCUUAUCACUGCAAUGUGGGUACAUGCCAAAGAAGGCGACGUCGAGGAAACAAGGUCCAAAUUGAGUUGUUUUCCAUCGAGUUGCAUUCGAUAUGAAGGCAAGCCGGUUGCAUUCGAAAUGGUAUCACAGGCAGGUCAACUCACUGCGCUCUAUGUACUGAAGGAACAUCGAGGAAAAGGUCUAGGUCGAAUCGUCGAGUUAGACCUUUGCCAAAAAACAAUACGGUAA